AAGUGUCUAAAGCACAUUGAUCUCGCACAUGUCACCGGUCUGAAAAAAAAGAUGGCAGAAGCAAUGAGAGCAAAUGUUGCUGCAUUACUGAAAGGAAUAGACAGGUACAAUCCAGAAAACUUGGGAACGCUGGAAAAGUAUAUUUUAAUGCAAGCACAGGAAGGAACAUAUGAUUUAGAAGCUAAUCUGGCAGUCCUUAAACUAUAUCAGUUCAAUCCCAUGCAUUAUCAGACUACUGUGGCAUGCCAGAUUUUACUUAAAGCUCUCACAAACAUGCCUCAUACAGACUUUACAUUGUGCAAAUGCUUGAUUGAUGCUGUCAGGCAUGAUGAAGAACCAACAGCACAAGUCAUGAACCUUGCACACUUGUUGGAGACUUGUCAGUUUAGGGAAUUCUGGGGAGCUUUAAGGGCAAAUCCUGACUUGACCUCCAACAUCAAGGGAUUUGAUGAUUCUGUGAGAAAAUUUGUGUGUCAUGUAAUAGCAGCAACCUACCAAACAAUACCAUCAGAUCUGUUGAAAGAAUUGCUGGGAGAUAUUCCAGAGGAUCAGGUACAGCAGUGGAUUAACAAAUAUGGCUGGAAGCUUCAGGAAGACGGAAAUGUAUUUAUCAUGAAUCAAGAAGAGAACAUCAAAACAAAGAAUAUCACUGAGAAAAUCACAUUUGAAAGUGUUGCAGGCAUCAUGGCAAACUGUCGGUGAUGUAAAGUUGCAGACUUAUUUAAUAUUGUCAUGAACAUUAGUAUACAUAAGAAUGUGGUUGAAGAAAAAUUGUGCAUCUUUACUAAGUUGUUAUUGUCUUGUAAUAUUGAAGUACAUAUAAAUAUGGUAUGAAAUUAGUUUCAAUAACUUCCAAAGCAUUGUCAUAGUGAUGAGCCUGAGGAAGAGACUUGGAAUUGUAAUCGGUUUGAUUCUUGUACUUGCAGCAACAGACAAGCACUACUUUUUGAACCACAGUAUAUAUACUGUGAGGGCUGAAAUUUACUCAAAGAUGUCAUUUUGAAUUUGUAUUACCAUGUAAUAUCAAGAAAUUCUGUCUGUAUAACAAUAAAAGUAAAUUUCAG